AUGUCGUGGCUCCUUACGCUUCUCGGAUUCAUGGUAGCGGCUUCUGCUACCGCUCCGCACUCGCUUGUGCAAGAGCGAUGGCAGCGGCUGCCGCUCGGGGCGAUCCGCCCGAAAGGGUGGCUGUUGACACAGAUGACAUUGCAGUCCAAAGCGCUGACGUCCCACCUGCCGCUGUUCUGGCCCAACAUCGCCAACACCUCCUGGCUUGGUGGCUUCGCAGAUGUGGAUGGGGGGAUUCACGAGAACACGCCGUACUGGCUCAACGGCGCUGUACCCUUGGCGGUUCAAGUGGAGGAUGAAGAACUGAUGAAAACAGUGGAACAGUACUUCGAGGGCAUCUUCACCCGCCAAGGCUCCGACGGGUGGUUGGGGCCGGACACGGAUCGGUCGGAUUUCUGGUCGCGUAUCCCCUUCAUGCUGGCUUUGGCGCAGUACCACGAAUCCUUGCCGGAGGGACACCAACGUUCACGUUGCGCCUCCGUGGCACAUCGUUUCUUCACGGCGGUGGGGCAACGGCUUGAGGAAGGCGUGCAAUUGGGAUCUUGGUCCUCCAUGAGGGCUCAUGAUUUGAUUUGGUCCAUCCACUACUUUGCUGCCCUGCUUCCGGCCAAUUCGUCCUUCGCUCAUUGGCUUUUGGACUUGGCCAAACGUUUGCAUGAGGCUGCAUUCCAGUGGAACGAGCAGUGGUUCAACAGCAGCGCCUUCGCCACGGCGCCGGUGAUCCUGGACUCGCUGAAGACCCACGGCGUGAACAAUGCCCAGGCCGUCAAGCACGGCGUGGUCUGGGCUCGUCAGAGCGGCGAGGUGCAGCAGGGCUUUGCCGAGUCCUGGUUGGCCUGGUCCCAGCUUCAGCGCUUCCACGGUCAGCCGCACGGUGCCUUCAGCGCGGAUGAGCACCUGGCGGGCACCAACCCCUCACGUGGGACGGAGCUUUGUGCUGUGGUGGAGGCCAUGUGGUCCUUGCUCCUCACCGCGCAAUUGGCGCCCAACGACCGGAGCGCUGUGAAGCCUUUGGACGCUCUGGAGGUCUUGGCCUACAAUGCCCUCCCUGGUAGCUUGAGCGAAGAUUUAUGGAGCCACCCCUACUUGCAGCUGGCCAAUUCCUACCAGGCCCUUUCCCACGAGGUGGACCAUGUGUGGACACAUGAUGGGCCCGACUCAGCGAUGUACGGCUUGGCCCCGAAUUACCCGUGCUGCACCUCCAAUUUCCAUCAGGGUUAUCCGAAAUUUGCCGCGAAUUUGUUCUUUGAGUCGCCUGAAACAAAGGAGAUCAUCUCAGCACUUUGGGCUCCUAGCCUGGCGCGUUUCUCCCACUUGGGCGCCCAGAUCGAGUUGAAGACGGACUAUCCCUUCAAUGCCGGAGUUGAGUAUUGGAUUCAAAACGAGGAACCCUUUCAGCUGACCAUCCGACUGCCGCCUUUCCUCCGGGACGACCCCUCGGCAGCGGCCUCCCUCCGGGUGACGCUGGAGGGACGAACCGUGAACCGUACCGUUGUGGACGGAUUCCUACGGGUGCAGGUGACUUCGAAGGCGGAGCGCCCACGCUUGGCCGUGAGAUUAGACUUUGCGUUGGAACCAAGGGUGUCUCGUUCAUCGGAGGGCAGUACUGUACACGUGGGCCCGCUGCUAAUGGCCUUGGACCUGGCAGAGGAGAGAAAAGAGGUGAGGCGUCAUGCCUUUGAGGCGGCAGAUUGGGAUACCUUCACGCGGAAGUCUUGGCAAGUCGCUUUGCCUGAAACGCCCCGCUUUGGUGACGUAAGGCACCGGUCCUUCGACCUGCCGCCAUUGCCGCACGACGCCGCGCGCUGCCCGCUGGCGCUGGAGGCCGAGCUCGUGGGCGUCCGGUGGCCGGCGGAGCACCAGGCGCCGGCCGCGCCGCCGGAGGCGCUAGUGCCGGGACAAGCUGCGCGCAGCAAUCGGACACUUCUGCCAUAUGCGUGCACAGCGAUUCGCAUUUCCGCUUUUCCGCAGCAGUCGACGGAGUCGAGCAGAUGGAUUUGA